AGCGCGCGGGAGCGCACUGCGGGGCGCGGCCAACGCUGGGACGCGGCGCACGGAGGGACGCGGCCGGCGCCCAUGGCGUUCGCGCUGCUGCGGCCCGUCGGCGCGCACGUGCUGUACCCGGACGUGCGGCUGCUAAGCGAGGACGAGGAGAACCGCAGCGAGAGCGAUGCGUCGGACCAGUCGUUCGGCUGCUGCGAGGGCCUGGAGGCGGCGCGGCGAGGCCCGGGCCCCGGGGGCGGGCGGCGGGCGGGCGGCGGCGCGGGCCCCGUGGUGGUGGUGCGACAGCGGCAGGCGGCCAACGCGCGGGAGCGGGACCGCACUCAGAGCGUGAACACGGCCUUUACGGCGCUGCGCACGCUCAUCCCUACCGAGCCGGUGGACCGCAAGCUGUCCAAGAUCGAGACGCUGCGCCUGGCGUCCAGCUACAUCGCGCACCUGGCCAACGUGCUUCUGCUGGGCGACUCGGCCGACGACGGGCAGCCGUGCUUCCGCGCCGCCGGCAGUGCCAAGAGCGCCGUCCCCGCCGCCGCCGACGGCGGCCGCCAGCCGCGCUCCAUCUGCACCUUCUGCCUCAGCAACCAGCGCAAGGGGGGUGGCCGUCAUGACCUGGGGGGCAGCUGCUUGAAGGUGAGGGGGGUGGCCCCCCUUCGAGGGCCACGGAGAUGAGCCUGGACCCUGGAGAAGGAGGCCAGGAGCCAGCCACUGGCUGGACAGGGAAGAAGACCCCAGGAGCCGAGCCCACCCCUUUUUUGUGUAGGGACCAGGGGACCACGGCCUGGGUCCAGGACACUCUGGGCAGGGCCCUGGGGACAUCUCCACCCGAUCCUGGAGAGCUGUGAGGAUCCAUUCAGCCUGCCCAGCUCUGACUGGUCAGAGACAAGGCAGAACUUUUGGAAAAACAAAGACUGUUAGUGACAGAGGGUGUGUGUGUGUCUGUGCGUGAGCGUGAGUGUGUGUGUGAGAGAGAAUUGGUGAGUUUAAAAUAAAAGCUAUUUUUAAAUAAAAAGACGUCGUUCUGA